GGAAGGUUAGCCAGCAGCGCAGCCCUAUCCGCCUCUCCCUCAUAAACCAGCCUGUGUUGGGUUGAGCAGGCCCCUCACACAAAGGAGGGCAGGGCAGGCAGGGCUGCCCCCCCUUCCCCCCCGCCUCGGCAGAGGGGCAGCGGGGAGGCGCCCUUCCCCGUGCACAGCACUCACAGCCACUUACUCCUCUCCCGUCCCCCGUCUUCUCUCUCUUCUCCCCUUUUCCCCCUCACCUCCCCCCACGGUUCUCCCCUCAGCCCCCCGCCCGCUGUCCAUGUAGCCGUCCGGCCGCCGGCCCCUCCGCACUAUGCCCAUCUUACUCUUCCUGAUAGACACGUCCGCCUCCAUGAACCAGCGCACCCAUCUGGGCACCACCUAUCUGGACAUAGCCAAAGGCGCUGUAGAGACUUUCAUGAAGCUCCGAGCCCGGGACCCGGCCAGCAGGGGAGACAGGUACAUGCUGGUCACUUUCGAGGAGCCUCCCUACGCUAUCAAGGCUGGCUGGAAGGAAAACCAUGCAACGUUUAUGAAUGAACUGAAAAACCUUCAAGCUGAAGGACUUACGACUCUUGGCCAGUCCCUAAGGACAGCUUUUGAUUUAUUAAAUUUAAAUAGAUUAGUAACUGGCAUAGACAACUAUGGGCAGGGACGCAACCCUUUUUUUCUGGAGCCAGCAAUAAUUAUAACAGUUACUGAUGGAAGUAAAUUAACUACUACCAGUGGGAUACAGGAAGAGCUCCAUUUACCUCUCAAUUCCCCUCUGCCUGGAAGUGAGUUGACUAAGGAACCCUUUCGAUGGGAUCAGAGGUUAUUUGCUUUGGUUCUUCGUUUGCCUGGUAUUACAGCACCAGAAUCGGAGCAGAUGACAGGGGUACCUGUGGAUGACUCUGCUAUCACACCGAUGUGUGAAGUCACAGGAGGUCGAUCAUAUUGUGUGUGCUCUCCAAGAAUGCUGAAUCAAUGUCUUGAGUCAUUGGUGCAAAAAGUACAAAGUGGAGUGGUAAUAAAUUUUGAAAAAGCUGGUCCAGAUCCCUCACCAAUUGAUGAUGGGCAGGUGGAGAUAUCCAGACCCUUUGGACCCCAGCCUUGGCACAGCUGUCACAAACUUAUCUAUGUCAGGCCAAACCCUAAAACUGGGGUUCCUAUAGGUCAUUGGCCUGUUCCUGAAUCCUUUUGGCCAGAUCAAAAUUCUCCAACACUGCCACCUCGUACAUCUCAUCCUGUGGUGAAAUUUUCCUGUACUGACUGUGAACCGAUGGUCAUUGACAAACUGCCUUUUGAUAAAUACGAGCUGGAACCUUCACCACUGACCCAGUUUAUCCUGGAAAGAAAAUCCCCUCAGACCUGCUGGCAGGUGUAUGUGAGCAAUAGUGCAAAAUACAGUGAACUUGGUCAUCCUUUUGGUUACUUGAAAGCUAGUACAGCGCUGAAUUGUGUUAAUUUAUUUGUGAUGCCUUACAACUACCCAGUCCUGCUUCCACUGCUAGAUGACUUGUUUAAAGUACAUAAGGCAAAGCCUACAUUGAAGUGGCGUCAGUCAUUUGAAAGUUAUUUGAAGACAAUGCCUCCUUAUUAUCUUGGGCCUUUGAAGAAAGCUGUGAGAAUGAUGGGAGCACCAAACCUUAUAGCUGACAAUGUGGAAUAUGGACUUAGUUACAGUGUCAUUUCAUAUCUCAAAAAGUUGAGUCAGCAGGGGAUUACUGGGGAAAUUCCUCAUAGACCUCUAGACCUCAAUAUGAAGGAGUAUGCUGGGUUCCAAAUAGCUUUGCUGAAUAAGGAUUUGAAACCUCAGACAUUUAGAAAUGCCUAUGACAUACCCAGAAGAAAUCUUUUGGAUCAGUUAACACGAAUGAGAUCUAAUUUACUGAAGAGUACUCGCAAGUUCCUCAAAGGACAAGAUGAAGAUCAAGUUCACAGUGUACCUAUAGCACAAAUGGGAAACUACCAGGAGUAUCUAAAACAAAUACCUUCUCCACUCCGAGAACUUGAUCCUGAUCAACCACGAAGGCUUCAUACAUUUGGCAAUCCAUUCAAAUUGGACAAAAAGGGAAUGAUGAUAGAUGAAGCAGAUGAAUUUGUAUCGGGACCUCAAAAUAAACAUAAAAGACCCGGAGAACCAAAUAUGCAAGGGAUUCCGAAAAGGCGACGUUGUAUGUCCCCCCUGCUCAGAGGGCGACCACAAACUCCUCCAGUUGUCAAUAACCACACUGGAGGAAAAGGGCCACCAACACAACUUGCACAAGCACAGCCUGACCUUGUUAAACCCAUUGCUGUUCACAAAACAUCAGAAGCAAAUAAUGAAGCUGGAGUUGAUGAUGUCAUUGAGAAUCACGUUACAGACUCCCUUUCAUCAGAUGUUUUCCCAAAUGCUGUGAAUUCAGAGUUUUCACUGUCCUCUUCACCAUUCAAUUCAUUGGAUCGACCGACAGCACAUACAGAGGAUGCAGGCCAUGAACAUUUAGGGAAUAAUUUGAAUGUUGAUGGGUUUUUGGAGAAUCACGAGGAAUCAGGUAGUAAAGAGCAGAGUGUGGAAGAGAGCAUGACAACAUCUUCACCUAGCAAAGGGAAAAAAACAGUGCACUGCAGAAGUUCCAGAGAGAUUAAUAUAGAGCUAAGAGCACAAAUUAUGAAGGAGAUCCGAAAACCAGGAAGGAAGUAUGAAAGAAUCUUCUUUUUACUGAAGCAUGUACAAGGAAGCUUACAGACCCGAUUGAUAUUUUUACAGAAUGUUAUUAAAGAAGCUUCAAGGUUUAAAAAACGAAUGCUGAUAGAACAGCUUGAGAGUUUUCUUGAAGAAAUCCAUCGCAGAUCCAAUCAGGUCAACCAUAUCAACAGCAACUAAGAAAAUGCACAUAAGAGAGAGCCACAGCAGGGCACUGCUGUUCUUACUUGCAUUCAUUUUUGACAUGCACUCUUAAUCUCAAGUUCCUGUACCUGAAAGAAUGAGAAGCUGCUCAAUAAAAUGAUGAGAAGUAUCCAUCAUCUUUUUUUUUUCCUCACUUCUGUUAUUUUUGUAAUGUGAAAAAUACUAUGAAAACAUUUUUAUUUAACUAAAUUGAGAACUUCUUGCUUGUCAUGGACAUAAGUGUCACUUUCCCUCAGGUUCUAUUUUUCUUAAUCUAACCUUCAAAACUAUCACCUCUUAAGGUUGAACUUUGCCAAAAAGUUGCUUUGUAAUUUUCAAAAAAAAAAAAGCACAUACAUUAAAAAAGGUAAUGUUUUGUAUAUACAGUUAUUUUGGAUAUAUUAUUGUAAGUUGUAUAAAUGUAUUUUGAAAAAUAUUUAAGAAAAGCACUUUUGUUAUUCCAUCAAUAAAAUAUCUAUUUUAAUUUUUGUGUAGGUUUGAGUACAAUUUUUAUUGGAAUUCCUUGUUUUGCCUUCC